AUGUAUAGGACAAAUGGUGUGGGGGCUAAAGCAUCUUGCCACCUCGUUGAGACGUCUUCCGACGUGCAGCUCGAGAUACCCGUGGUCCCAUACGGUCUGGCGACAGUUGGCCUUCAGCUUCAGGAGGUCAGCGCGGGUUUUGGGGUUUCGGAGACGGCGUCGAAGACGUCGAAUGUGUAUGUGUUGGCGCCGCUGGCGACUAGCAUGUAUUUCGCGAAUGUGCAGCGGGGGUCGUUCCUCAUCGCGGCGGCGUAUCCGUGGGCCAAGAGUGGCUUCUGGAGGGACCUAUGGAUUAGGGAAUACAUGGAUUGGAACCUCUUCACUCUCUUGCGGGGAGUCGGAUGA